ACCGGGCCCGUCCGGGCCGCGGCGCCAGCCCCGCAGUCGUCGACGGCGCGCCUGCUGCGCCGGAUGUUCGCUGCCCGCGGCGCCGCGCCUGCUAGCACGUGGACAUGCGCCAUGACAGCCGGCGCUCAUGAAGGUAGCGCCGGACGAGCCACGGAAGGCGGGCAGCCCCCCGGACGGCGGCGCGCUGCCCGACUGCGACUGCCUGGGUGCCGGGCCGCCGCCCCCGCAAUUCCGGCUGCCCCCACCGCCCCCGCCACCACCGCUCAGGUGCACGCAGCUGCCGCCCGCAGACGCCGAAGACUUCUGUGACGCACCUCCGGUGUUCCAGGAGGCGGAGCCGUGGGGGGAACCGGCGCUGCCGUCCGCGGCGGCCAUCGCGCUGGGCUGCGUCCUGCUCCUGCUGGCCGCCGCCGCUUCCGCCUCCGUCAUGCUCUGGAAGUACCGGCGGAAAGCGGCGGCAGGCGGCCGCUGUGAGUCCCCGCGCCACACGCGCAGCGACGCCUCCAGCGCGGGCGACAGCAGCGCGCUUUACGAGGACGCGGCCAGCCUGCGGCCGCGGUCGCUCGUCCUGCGCUGCGGCGCCACUGUGCAGACGCCGCAGGGGACCAAGCAUCGACGCGGAUGCCCCGCCGUCGCCGGACGGCCUGUCUUCGUGUGCGCAGACCCGUACGCACCGCACGACGUCUGCACCCCCGUCUACCAGGAGAUAGCUCCCGGUUCGCCCAGCGACCCCGAGGACCACAUCUAUGCAGUACCGGUGCUGCACGGCCUUGCGGCUGGCCGCUCGCCGCCGGAGGAGCUAGCCGUGGGGGAGGCGAGCGACUGCCGCCCCCAUCGCCCCCAACAGCAACAGCAGCAGCAGGGCGACGUGGCGCUGCUGGAAGCGCUCAUGCAACGCUACUCGGGCGCCUUCUCCAGCCACGGGCCCGGCUGCGUGGGGGCGGCGCGGUCGUCCGUGAAGUAAUCUGCUGCCAGCGUCAGGGGUGCCGCCUGCCGCCUGCCGCUAGCAGACGCCGUCCAGUUCGGCAGACAAUGGAGAUUCCAGCAAGCGUCUGCGUAAGGCGGUGCUCAGCUGGAACGACGACUGCGUGAGAGGAGCGGGCCGGUCCCACGGUGCCGACAAUGCGACGGAAGAUGACCGGCGAGAGGACAGCUCCUCUGCUAAGCUUCGUUGCCAUUGGGUCGCGGCUGUGUAAUUUCACACCGAUGUCCAGAGAAGUGCUCGUCCAUAUUGAGCGCUGUAGUUACUUGGAGUAUUGCUAUGCCACACUUACAAUGACAAAUUACAUAGCACAUCACUUGCAUUAACAUUAUACGUCUGACAAAACCACAGGGCCCAACUGUUACAGACAAUCUUUUCAAUUGCUAUUAAAACUAUUUAUUUACAACUAAUUCAGAAAAAAAAUCAAAUGUCAAAGUUUUACUGCACUUCAAAAUAAUCACCAGAAUAUAGUCCGUUGCCAACGGUGUGAAGCUCAUGCGAAACUUUUAGCAGUGCCAGUUGUGUUGAUAGGUCUAUUGCCCGAAGAAUCUCUGGAACAAAACUUCCUGGCAGAUUAAAACCGACACUCAAACUCGGGACCAUUGCCUUUCGCGGGCAAGUGCUCUAUCAUCUGAGUUACCCGAGCACGACCCAAGCCCCAUCCUCACAGCUUCACUUGUGUCAGUACCUCGUCUGCUACCCUCCGCUGGAGAGUGAAAAUCUCAUUCUGGAAUCUCUGGAACAGUUGUGAAGCGAAUGCAAUGAAGCUCUUCCUUGCUCUUAAGAACCCAGUAGGCGUAACAAGGGCCUAAGUCCAGAGAGUAUGGUGAAUGGAACAGAAAUUCUCAGCCGCACAGAUCGAAAAAGUUAGUCGCAGUUCGCACUGUAUGCGCCGGGCAUUAUCCUGCAAAAUGAUGAGCGGGUUCUGCAGAAAGUGUACCCUCUAUUUCCUCACAGCUGAUAGGAGGCUGCAUUCGAAAAAUGGAUAGUAAUACGGGGCAAUAACGGCCCGCCGAUAGAAACGGUAAGAGUUAGGGCAAUACCAUCGCAGUCUCACACGAGAAGCACAGAAACUUUGACACGCAGAACUUUCGAUACUCGUAGUAACUUGUAAUGCUCUAUUACUUUGUCGUUUUGGGAGUGGCUUUUACAAUUUUCUCCAUUUCUGAUCUAGCGUAACGAUACGGUGUAACAAAGCAUUUCCUUCGCGUUCAUGGCGUUUCUGGUAUGUACGAACAGCGUCGUAUGGUAGCUAUUUCCGAAUUUCCGUCAAAUAAUGAAUAAUGCGGAACCAGUCGUGAAUUUUUAUGGUGCACACGAGUUCCUGCGGUGUGUGCUGAGUCUGUCUCUCAGAGCAGCUAACGAAAAACACCACAAUUUGACAUUCCUCCAUUCCACUUUGCCACUGUUUUGCAACGCAAGGCAAAUUACUCGCAGGAUUCUUGAAGGCCUUGCUGGCACUGUCAUGCUGCAUGUCUGCGUGCUCAUACGAGUUUUAUCCAACUCCUUGUUUCUUGUUUCAAAAACACUGUCACAGCACUACAUUAGACCGUCUGUUAGCAGAAGCUCUGGUCUUCCCGUAUCUGCACAUGCAUGUGAUAUGGAAAUGACUGUCCAUUUGCGCUGGGUAAAGUAUAUGUACGUAUCUAAGCGGCGUUAUUUGAUUCCGUUAAGUUGUGUCACUACGACAGUGUUGCCACUAUUACAGCUCAUCCCCCACACAUGCGUGGCUCCUUAUACGAUAGGAUCUUCGGUCUGCAUUCAAAUUAUGUGAAAAUUGAGAAGUCAUAUGAAACGACAGAACACAAUGUCCCGAUGGAUGCAUUUCUGAAGUGCCGUAUGUGUAUCUUCAUGAAACCUUCAUUCACUUACUAUGGUGCCACAAGAAACGUUAAGACAAACUGUUCUGGUGAAACAGAUUUAUUAUUUUCUAAAUAAAAUCUGUCAUUAAUUGAUAUACAUGUCAGACUGAGUAAUCUAACGCUAGAAGCGAAACACUGGGCCACUACAUAGUGUCAUUCGGCGACAAAGCCCAUGGGUCGUGUGGUCACUAAAAGUUACGCUGACAGAAUGUAGCGAAAGAGUGCCUCAAAACGGAAAAGCGGAACAAACAAUACAAAGAAUGUGAGUGAUAACAUAAAUUAGUAUAUAACAUUGCAAUCUCGAAGUAGUAAAGCAAAGAAUACGAGGCAAACUGCCUGGGAAGAAUUAUAAGACGUACUACAGAUGGCGAAACAUAACAGUACAGUAUUAAGAUAUACGCUUUCGAUUCAAACGUUUACAAGCGCCCUCUUUCAAUAUCUUCAAAGUACAGCUGUUAUUCGGAGUCUAACUUGAUAUAUCUAGACGUUUAAAACUGUUAGUGACCUCUAUCCGGUGGUAAUGAUAUAUCUUCAUGAAAGUCUGUACAGCUUUCAUGUCUGUAAAGCGUUACCAGCGUAGUCUGUAGCCAGUAUACAGAAUCGAUACGACAUUUUCUCGAAUGGAACUUGGAAAGAAAGCUGUGGCAUCGUUGUCCAUCCUACCAAAGGAUAAUUUUAAUUUCGAAUAUUGACAUCAAUUAGCACUCUGAUGUACAGGUAUUCUCUAAUAUUAUUAGCUGUUCUUAGAUACAACUAUAAAUUGAUCAUGCAGGAAAAGAUAAGAAAUGUGUUUCAAAUGUCACCAGAACAUGAGCUAACUGUAAAGUGGUAGCAGACUAUUCAUCGGAAACAAAAGCAUGCCAAAGGCACUGCGUAUAUCGAAUCUCUACAGGAAUUAAUUGUCAAAAACGUUAAAAUAAAGAGUUAUAUUCUGCUGAUUAGCGUUUAUUGUGGAACUUGAGAAAAAGAGACGUACCACGAAAUCCUAAUUAUAGUGUUUGUUUCCUUAUCUCAGUGCGUAUGUAGUUAGGCAGAUAAAGUGGAGACACUUGUUUCGGACUGAUGAGCAGUUGACUUGCAGCCGGGGCAACGGAAAGACUAGAAAUACCUGAAUAUUCUGGCCAACGUUGCUCAUUGUUAUUACGGCCAUCUUGAAUACCAUUAAUAUCUUCUGAAAUGAGGAGUUUGAUAUGAGAUCGGAUUUGUUUACUUUUACAAUGGGCCAAGGUACUAGAAAAAUUUCAGUGUUAGUUUUAACAUGGAAAUUCGUAAAAAUUCUGUGUCAGAUUAAAACUUCACGCCAAACCAGGAACCGAUCCUGAAAUUUUUCCUUUCGGGGGAAACCCUCUUACUGAUCAAUAUUCCCUUUUAUAUUUUACUGCACACUAGCUUGGGACAGGAAGCGCAUGGAGGCUUACCUAUAGCCUAAGAGUAGUUCGCUGAACGAAGUUUAUGAAGUUUUCAUUAUCCACUAGCAGUAAUGAAUAAAUUUUAAGCAGAUACGUAUUUAAAUACAGUAGUCUAUAGUAGGCGGCGGACUAAAAUACUCAUUCUGAACAACGCGGUACUUCAGUUUGUUUGCCAUUAUAGAUCUUGUGGCGUAUACAUUCUACUACGUGGAUGUAAUAAUUACACCAUCAAAUCUAACAGUAACGUUUUAGUUUUGGCGGAAGAUGUCUCGCUCGCAUUACUGGCAUAACGAAGAAAGCCACUGUCAAUACGUCGACUAUGAAGGACUGUUUCGCUGAUCGUUUUGCAAAGAGUGUAAGUAAUACCCUUUGAGUGACAGUGGGGACCUUAAUGCAUAGACUGGAUUUUGCUAUGCAUUGGGCAGUCGCAGCUGUAACGGUUCUAUCAGUUUGUUUAAUUUGGAACGUUGUUUUGGUUCUGCCAAAAACUCGUAUUUAAUUUAUCAAAGGAACAUUAAAAAUUAUGCUAAAUGACGGAUUAAGCUACAGUUCAUUAAUUAAGAAAUAUUGUCAGAACCUGCAUUCUAAAAGUUUAGUGUAUUUAAUGGCUGUAUCUGUAUAACCAGUCAAUAAAACAACUCCCUAUUUCUUUUUUAGAUGUCUUAUCAAGGUUAAUGAAACUUGGAAUGUGUCUUUUGUGCUAUGACACCGCUUCACCGGAGAUAUCUGCGUCUCCAUGACGUGACAGUGUUACGCUAUAUAUAUGCGGAACUUUGGAGAUAGUCAUUUGAGCACUACAAGAGCAGGUAGUUAAGAUUUUCUCGAAAAGGACAACAAAUAGUGAUAUAGCAACGAGUUUCACUAAACUUAGUUUUAUUUUUGUUUCCAUUAAUCGCUCGCGAAUUUAUUCAACAGAGUGGGAAAAGGUAAUUAAACGAAGAUACUUUACGUUUUCGUAAGAGCUACAACGAUGGGCUUUACAACUUCUCGAGAAAGUGUCAUACUAAAAAACCAAAGAUUUGAGCACACUCCCAUAUACUUUUUUCUGGCGCUUAAGACGAAUAUUAUUUUUGAAGUAAAAAAAAAAAGACUAGUUACACCUUGAAUUACAUUCCAAAUUGUACUAUGUGUCUACUCUUGUAAUUCGUUCGAUAGACUGAUUGAUGAUAACGAAAGUGUACUAACUCCAUUGGACAACACUAUGAGGACUAAAUCAGUAACUGUGUUGACUUUUUUGAGAACGAGCAGUGCAUCACCACUAUAUUGCUGAGGGUGGUGCAUAUACUAAAACUCCAAUAACUGGUAAGUACUUGUGUAUAAAAUGAUAGGAUUUUCUUAUUACAAAAACUUUUUUAAUAAAACACAAUUGUUUUAUAUCGCUCUUACCUUUGGUCGAAAGAAUAAAUGGACAUCACGUGUAACAAUAUUGAACUGACACACAGUAUUGUUCUGUGAAAUAUAUAAUCUGUAAAUUUGUAGAUUUUUACCUAAGGAAAGUAGAUUGUGCAUACUUGUGAUCGUUAUUUUACCUCAAAGAGUUAACAAAAUUAGUUUGUUCCUAUUUCUCUGUAAAGACCUCAAAUACUGAUGUAAUAAAUAUUUCUGAUUAUUACUCAUGUAUGGGUUUCAUAGAUCGUAACUAAUUAAUAAAAUGUGAAACUUCGUUUUUUUUAGAUACGCUUUCGAAUAACUAA